AUGUCUGCACUUGCACGACGGCCUCGCUUAGACGUCCCUUGUGUUCAGCGAGUCUUUUCUCGAGGGAUCCGUCUACCUCGAAGGUCAGUCGGUGAUGAUGUCGACAAAUGGCUUACUGGUCCUGGUCUCGAGUACAAAUCGCCAAAACACGGCCCGAACUGGUUAGGGAAAAAAUAUCCAUUCCCGAUGAAUCCUUCCUUCAAACCUCCUCCACCAAUUUCGAAUAGGACGAAAGAGCACAUGUACGAACGUUUCAUGCAGGAUCCUGAAAGAUUUAACGUCCGCGUCCUAUCUGCUGCAUUGGGUAUCAGCUUGAAACGUGUAGAUGCCAUUCUACGUCUGAAAGGGAUGGAGAAAAGUUGGCUAAAAGGAAAGGAACUCCAAACCGGAUUUCAAGCAGGCAUGGAGCAAAUACUACGAUCUGAAGAGCUUAUUAUGGGAUCCGUACCUGAAUCGCGCAAAGACGUAACGUUCGCUGAUUCUCAAGACCAGGACGAGGCGGAUGAUCAUGCUCGUGAUCGGUACCAACGUCUGUUCUGGGAACCUGUUGUUGAAGAAGAGGACUUGGUCGUUCCUCGUGCACUUGAAGAAGCCAAAGAGAAAGCCAGGGCGGCUCGUCAAGAGGCCCGUGAGGCUAAAUCUGACGUUACGCUACUUACUGGAGAGAAGGCGAAAGACGGACUUGCUAAAUUGCCUCUUGAGAAGACCGUCGUCGUUGCCUCGGCACCAGGUCGUCCUGCAACGAUUUUCAAGGACGUUGGGGGUCGCUUCCUUGAUGUCGAAGAUCGUAGGAGGAGGAUGCACGAAUCAGAACGUCGCAAGGAAGCAAAAUCGAAACGAAAGACUAGAUCAUAG